GAGACACACUUGUUUUUACAUGAAGUUCUGAAAUUAACUGCAGGAUAUUAACUUGUAAAUGUAAAUUCUCUCUCCCUGAAAGAAGCUAAAGAUAAAGGAGGAAGUAAAUGGCUGAAUCUUCACUACCAACACAAGGCAGAAGAAGGAGGACCAGCAUGGAUGAACCAUGUUCAUUUUCUAGUGACUCCAGCGAUCUCCUGUCUGAAAAGCUGCUGCUGUGUUCCAUCUGUCUGGGUGUGUUCACUGAUCCAGUCACCACUCCAUGUGGACACAACUUCUGCAAUAGCUGCCUUACACAGUGCUGGGAGACGAGUCAACACUCUCACUGUCCAUUAUGUAAAGAGAAAUUCACCAAGAGACCUGAACUGAAGAUUAAUAUAACACUGAGAGAGGUUACAGAUCACUUCAAGAAGAAAAGUGUUCCUGACAAACCUGAGGUUCUUUGUGAUGCCUGCACUGGAGAGAAGCUGAAGGCCCUGAAAUCCUGUCUGGAUUGUGGACUGACUUUGUGUAAAUCUCAUCUAGAACCUCAUAAUCAUGUUCCCAAACUUAAGAAACACAAACUAAUAAACCCUGUGAAGAACCUGGAGGACUACAUAUGCCAAAAACAUGAGAGACCUCUGGAGCUGUUCUGUAGAGAUGAUCAGACGCGUGUGUGUCAGUUCUGCACUGAAGGAGACCACAAGAGUCACAACACUGUUACUAUAGAGGAGGAGAGCAGAGAGAGGAAGACUCAGCUGGGAAAAACACAGAAAGAUUUGCAGCAGAAGAUUCAGGACCGACUAAAGAAGAUUCAGAAAAUAAAACACUCAGUAGAGCUCAGCAAAAGAGACAUAGAGAAAGAGAAAGCAGACAAUGUUGAAGUCUUCACUGCUCUGAUUCGCUCCAUUGAGAGAAGUCAGGCUGAGCUGCUGGAGGUGAUGGAGGAGAAGCAGAAAGCAGCAGAGAGGCAGGCUGAAGGACUCAUUAAAGAGCUGGAGCAGGAAAUCACUGUGCUAAAGAGGAGAGACACUGAGCUGGAGCAGCUCUCACACACUGAGGAUCAUCUCGACCUCCUACAGAUUUCCUCCUCCAUGUGCAGCCCUCCACACACCAAGAACUGGACUGAGAUCAGUAUUAACACUGAUCUGAGUGGGGACACUGUGAGGACAGCUCUGUCUCAGCUUCAGCAGACUCUCAAUGAGAAACUCACUCAAACACUCAAUGACAAGUUAAAGGAAACAGUUUCCACAGAACUGAAGAGGAUUCAGCAGUAUGCAGUGGAUGUGACUCUGGAUCCUGAUACAGCUCAUCCCACUCUCAUCCUGUCUGCUGAUGGAAAACAAGUGACACAUGGAGACACACAACAGGAUCUCUCUGAUACACCACAGAGGUUCAAUAAGUGUGUUAUGGUUCUGGGAAAGCAGAGUUUCUCCUCAGGGAGAUUUUAUUAUGAGGUGCAGGUCAGAGGGAACACUGACUGGGAUCUUGGAGUCGCCACAGAGUCCAUUAACAGGAAGGGAAAGAUUAAACUGAGCCCUGAGGAUGGCAUCUGGACUGUGGUACUGAGGAAUGAGAAUCAGUAUAAGGCUUGUGCUCGUCCCUCUGUCCCCCUCACACUGAGAGAGAAGGUGGAGAAGGUGGGGGUGUUUGUGGAUUAUGAGGAGGGUCUGGUCUCCUUUUAUGAUGUGGAGUCCAGAUCUCAUAUCUACUCUUUCACUAGUCAGUCUUUCACUGAGAAACUCUAUCCAUACUACUGUCCAUGUUUAAAUCAAGGAGGUAAAAACUCAGCACCACUGAUCAUCUCUCCUGUGUGUAAGACUGAGUAAAAUUUUCACUUCACAGAUUAAAUAAUUUAUU